AUGGAUGUGGCACCCAUAAAGCAGCCAUCGGCUAAGAAGCCAAGCUCACGAUUUGGAGAGCUCGCCGGGGCCACGACCGCUCGCUGUGCAGCCGUGUGCUGUUGUUGUCCUUGUGGAAUCUUGGACCUGGUAGUGUUGGCGAUGGUGCGGCUGCCCGCUGGUCUGUGCCGGCAUGCCUUUCUGAAAGGUAUAAGGAGAGUGGCAAAGAGGAACAAAGGUACAACAACUGAGCUGCUUCUGCCCAUCCCUAAGGGUAGAAUUGAGGAAGGUUGCCUUUCUCCCGAUGAUAGGAAGAUGGUCAUCUCGCGCUUGCCAUAUGAGGAGGAGGCCCAGCUCGAGCGCCAAAUGUGGGAUCAGUUCUACUCCACUGGCUUCUGGAGGAGCUCUUCCCAAAAGUAA